UACUGUCAAGUGUCAACUGUCAAAUAAACUGCAACUCGCACUUUGCUUUCAAUUUGUUUUUGCGGAAAUACUCCAUAAAUAUUAAAUUUGUGAUGAAAUAGUCGACCAGCGUUACCUAACACACAACAUAUGUGAGCAAUUAGCGACGUACAGUGUAAAACAGUGACCAUGAGUGACUCAAAAACAUUUGUGAAUUUUUCUUGCCAGCGUUGUCUGCAACCCUUGAAACUCGAUGAAUCAUUAAACAACUUAGGGGAGCAUACAAUAGCCGACCUCACUUUACAAAUACGACGUAAUAAUGAGGUAGAUUUAGAUUUACAAUCGUCCAGUUUGGAGCACUAUGUUCCCCCUUUUCGCAUGUCGGAAUCCGGGAAUGGGGCGAAUGGGUUCAUGGUUAUAUCUGACGGGUGGGAAACAACGUCUCUCGGCCACCAGUUACACGUAAAAGCUACGUUAUUCGACUUAUUGUCAAAUAAUUCUGACGUUGAUCACCCUUUGUGUGAUGAGUGUACGGAUACAUUGUUAGAGCUAAUGGAUAAUCAGUUGAAACAGACUGAAUCCGAGUGGAAAGAUUAUAACGAUUAUUUAAAAAAGUUGGAGGAUGAUAAGGAGGAUUUAAAUUUGGAGGGUUUGGAAAAAGAGCUUGAGGACUGGAAACAGGAACAAAGUAGGUUACUGCAAGAGUUAUCAGCUUUGCAGAAAGAAGAGAGGGCUAUGAAAGAAGAGAUUGAAGUACAGGAAAGGGAGAAAGAGAGGUUAGAGAAAGAGCAAGAUGUGUACUGGAGGGAGUAUACCAAGUACCGGAAAGAUCUGAUGACUACAGAAGAUCAGAUGAAGUUCUACGAAUGUCAGUUGGCAUACACACAAAUGCAGUUGGAAAAGUUGAAAAAGACCAAUGUUUUUAAAGCUACAUUCCAUAUUUCCGAUUCUGGGCAAUUUGGUAUCAUUAACAAUUUCAGGUUAGGCCGAUUACCAACAGCUCCAGUUGACUGGUCCGAAAUUAAUGCAGCCUGGGGCCAAACUGUGCUCUUACUUUGGUCUCUAGCAAGAAAGAUCAAUUUUAACUUCCAACGAUACAAAUUAGUACCAUAUGGCAAUCAUUCAUACAUUGAGGUUUUGGAAGAUCAGAAAGUAUUACCGUUGUAUGGCUCUGGUGGAUUCCGAUUUCUAUGGGAUACAAAAUUCGACGCUGCUAUGGUCGCCUUCUUAGAUUGUCUACAACAGUUUAAAGAGCAAGUUGAGAUGGGUAACACAGGCUUCUGUCUACCCUACAGAAUUGAUAAAGGCAAGAUUGAAGAUACCGCGUCACCGCCUCAUGCUUAUUCUAUCAAAAUACAGUUUAAUUCAGAAGAGCAUUGGACAAAGGCUUUGAAGUAUAUGUUGACGAAUUUGAAGUGGGCGUUGACUUGGAUUUCAUCACAGUUCUGUGAAGAUAAGUCAGAGGGACAGUAGAACUCAAUUAGAUCUUUACUUGUUAUCUUAGAUUAAAUUCUUGUUUACAAAUUAUGAAAAAGUUAAAUGUAAUACUUAUACUGGCUUACUCAUAAAGCAUGUCUGAAUGUUUUGUCUUGCUUCUGAUGUUAAAUAUUUGACAUGGUAAGACAAAUACUGCAUAAUUUUUAUAACUGUUUAUUCACAAUGUGGAUAUUUCAUACAAGACAAUGGUAAAUUGGAGUUUAAAAUAGCCAAUAAUAAUUCUAUAUCAAAAAUAUUUGGCUGUCGAAUUAAGUUUUUUAACAUUAGGAUAAUAUU